AUGGACGCAGAAGCAGGGCCUGCGGCGGGCGAGGCGGCGCUGGUGCCGGACAUGGAGGUGCGCCUGAAGAAGCUGCUGCGCGAGAAGCGGGUGCUGCGGAAGAAGUUGCGACGGAUGGAGGCCGAGGGCGCGAACGCAGAGGUGCUGGCUGCACUGCGGGCGCGAGUGGCGGACACCUCGUCGGUCAUCCGCGAGCUCAAGGCGACCGAGGCCAAGAACGCCUUUGCCCUCUUCGACUCGGACGGCGACCGCCUCAUCAACAAGGCUGAGUUUGCCACCGUCUUCACCCUCCUCGCCGGCCACGCCUUGGAUCCGGCUGAGCUCGACGCCACUUUUGCUCGUGUCAACAAGGACGACAACGCCCACAUCGAUCUCCGCGAGUUUGUCGCCUGGUGGGUUCUCCACGGCUCCGACGAGGGCAUCAAGCGUGCCCUGCGCCUGCAUCUUGAGCGCCAUAAUUCUGCUCACAUCGCUCGUCCCGCGCAUGCUCCGCCGUCCGCCAAAGCUCUGCUGCCUUCCAAGUCGCCUGCUCGCAAGCAGAGCAGGGGAAAGAAGAAGCGGCGUGUCCGCAAGGUCAAGCGGCGGCAGCCAGACGGGCCGUCGUCGUCGUCGUCGGCGUCCUCAGCUUCAGCCCUCGCCGACGCUUCUGCUGUCGCUGCCGCCGGUUCAAAAGCCAAGUCAAAGGUGACCAAGGACAAGAUCCUCGCUGCUAUCACCAAGCGGCGACUGGAGAUGCAGACACUGCUCCGCGCUCUGCGCAAGGCCAAUCCGGAGGCGUCUGAGGUUCUCGAGCUCUCGGCGUCGAUGGAGGGCCUGAUGCAGACGCUGAGGAGUGUGGCGUUAGCGUCGGGGCUCACGCUCUCUUCAUCAAUGUCGUCGUCAUCGUCGGUGUCGUCGUCGUUUUCGGCGUCCGUCCCGGCGUCCGUGGUGAGCGAUUACGAGCCCGAGGACGGGGCGAGCGAGUCUGGGCUCUUGGCGCGGCGAGGGCUGCAGACCAUGUCUGAAGCGCGCUCGGCGGAAAAGGUGGUUAUGAUGGAGAUGGUGACGCCGGUCUCCCCGGCAACACACGCACAGCUUGGUCUCGGAUCGGGCGCGUACACGCCGGCGCAGGCGGCGCCUGACCUUCAGGUCUACUUUCCGUACUUCAACGGCCUCUACUCGAACAAGUACCUGCACUCAUCGGUAGAAACGAUGAACCUAGAACUGCUGCUGCGGCGGGUGCUCGAGCCUGGGCGGUACGAUGAGGAUCUCCGCGACGUGCUCCUGCUCACCCACCGCCGCUUCCUUCCGACGGUCGACCUGCUGCGGGUGCUCAAGGAGCGGUUCUGGUGCGAGCCGGUGGCGUCGAUGCCGCGCAAAGUCUUUGACACUCACCAGGUGGCCAUUCGGAUGGAGGUUCUCGACUUUGUGGCCGAGUGGGUAGCUGGCCAUGCCCACGACUUUGGAUCCGACGUGGUAUACUCGGCGAGCGACCUGGCGGUUGCAGCGGGCGCCUCCAGGUCGGCUAUCAGCUCGUCGUCAGACGAGGACAAUGGCUCGGAGGUCGAGCUCGGCGAGCGCGGAAAGCCAGAGAUGCGGGCGGUGCUGGACAAGGCUUAUCCGUCGCCGCGUGCCGAGUUGGAGGACUUUCUCAAGUUUGUGGCUGGCGCGGUGCCAUCGCACAAUCUCGCGGCCGAGGUUAUCCAACGCGCCGAUGACGUGCUCGGUGAGCUGCAGCGAAGUGUGGCAGCAUUUGAGCGUGUGGCGGCCGAGCCGUGCACCGUCUACAAUGUGGCCGGCAUGCGCGAGCAGACACCUGCGCCGAUUCUCCCCUCCGGCAAUCUGCACUCGCUCAACCGGAUUCUGCAGCUCUCGCCGCUGGAGCUUGCGCGCCAACUGACAUACCACGACUACGCCGUCUAUCGCAGCGUCCGACCAAGUGAGUUUCUCAAGAAGCAGCCGCGUGCGGCGCUCGACGCACUCACGGCGCGGUUCAACGCGACUGAGGCGUUUGCGGCGUCGCAGAUUCUGCUGACCCGGCAGCUCCGCCAGCGAGUGUUGGUCAUCUGUCGACUCAUUGACUCUGCACGAGCCUGCAAGGCGCUCGACAACUACCUCUCGUGCUUUGCCAUCACGACGGCGCUUGUCAAGACAACCGUGUCGCGACUGACGCACACGUUUGAGCUCCUCCCGCAAGACUAUCGCGACAGCCUCGCGGAACUGGAGCGGCUCAUUCAACCGCCGUGGCUCGAGUACCAGCGCGUGCUGCGAUACGUCGCCGCGCCUGCUGUACCGUACACCGGGCCGUUUGAGAGCAAGCUUGCGGCGAUUGAGGCCAACAUGGAGAGUUUUGACGAGGGCCUGCUCGACGUCUCCAAGUUUGAGGCCAUUUCCAAGGAGAUCAGCGCCGUGCUGCGGUGGCAGACUGCGCCGGUCUACGCCAUUCAGCCGGUGACCAUGGUGGAGAAGUUCCUCCAGUUCUCCCCGGGGCUGACCGACAACCAGCAGCUGGACGCGUCGAACGCACUACAGCCGCGGGCGCAUGGCAAGAGUACGACUGAGAGCCAGCAGGCACGGAUGCGGUCAGGAACGUUCAAAGAGCUCAACGCAGCGAGCAUGUCGGGCGAGGACAAGUCGAUUGCAGCCGAGGCGCUAGACGCUGCGGCGGCGUUGCUGGACCCGUUCUCGGCGCUAGGCUCUGACUCGGAUGAUGGCGAGGUGGAAGUCGAGUCGCCACCGGAAAUGGCCAACAUUGUCAAGCCGGUCUUUUCCGAGACCGGGACGUCGCUGACGGUCCGGUCGCAGGCUGCCGAGUUCCCGGAGCCGUACACGAUCACAGCGCCGCCACCGCUCUCUUCGCUGGACUCGGUCCACGUGUUAGAGAUUGCGCGCCAGAUGUCACUGGUGGCGUUUGACCUGUACUCGGCUAUUCCGGAGGAGCAGUUCUUUGCGGCUGUAGAGGCGCAGCCGGCGCCGGCUGUGGAAGCCUUGCGUGCGCGGCACGCGUUUGAGCGGCAGUGGGCGGCUUCGAUGCUGCUGCGGUACGACGCGGCCAAGAUGGAUCUUGACUCUGAGCUGGAGUCGCGGGCGCACCGGCUAUGCAUGCUGCUGGACAUUGCUGCGUGCUGCCUACUGCUCAACAACUUUGGCUCUGUCGAAGCCAUUGUCUCGGGCCUGCUCCGGCCGGGUUCGCCGGUCCAGCGGCUGGAGCAUACCUUUGCGCUCCUGCCCGAGGCGUACCGGUCGCAGCUCGAGAUCUUUCGACACCUCAUUUCCAAAACCAAUCCGCGGCUGUACUUUAAGGCUGUGAAGAAGGCAACGCCGCCUGUCGUGCCGCUGCUCGCGCCUCACUUGCGGGCCAUGCAAAUGGUGCGAUCGGAGCAGGCCGAGUACCGGACGCACCCGGUGACGCUCAAACACCUCUCGAUGCUUGCGUCGUACAGCGAGUACCCGUACCGGCUGCACAUUGUCCCAGUUGUGGCCGAGUUUGUGACCAAUGCUGCGCUGCUAAUGGAUGUCAAGGACCAGGCGCGCGCCUCGCUCCUGGUCGAGCCGCCGGGCUGGUCGCCGCGGAACCUGGUCAUGAACCUUCUCUUUCACCGGCACGCCAAGUUCAAGCACGAAUCGGACGUUCCGCACCUCUUGCCGUCCCACUCAAAGUCUGGUCCUGGCGGCUUGGACCUGCCGCACUCGUGGUCGUCGUCAUCGUUUGUCCUUGUCGGGCAGCCGCAGGCGCCCAAGACAGCCGGCCGCAAGCGGCACAGGUUCAAGCCGGGCAAGCGCCACUCUAGCCGGGCAAGCAAGCGCGGCUUCCUGUUCUGGUGAUAUGGCUAGACUCGCGCGAGAAGCACUCACGCUCACUUGCUGCUGCUACUGCC